AUGUCCCAUGUCCAGGUGGUGGUCCGAUGUCGUGAUCGGAUUCCGCGAGAGGUCCAGGCGCACCAGCCCCGGGUGGUCGACACCGGGAGCGACACCUACGACCGGCGCGAGCCCCACGUCACCGUGGCCGUGCCCAACACCGACCCCAAGACCUACGCGCUCGACGGCGUCUUUGGCGGUAACGCCUCCCAGCAGCUUGUCUACGACACCGUGGUGCGCCCGCUCGUGUCCCAGUUCUUGCUGGGGACGCUGGUGACCGUAUUCACCUACGGACAGACGGGCACGGGCAAAACCUACACCAUGGUGGGCGAACACAAUCUGGCACGAGUGAGCGAUGACGUUACCGAAGACUUACCCCGUGGCGCCGGCAUCAUCCCCCGAGUGCACCAGCAGAUCUUUCAGGAGAUGAGCGCCGACCACACUUUGGAGUGUCUGUUUAUCGAGCUCUAUAACGAGCAGUUGGGCGACUUGCUCGCGCCCGACGCGCAGCUUCGCCUCCUUGAGGAGAACAAACGAGUCACCGUCAAGGGGCUGAAACCGUGUUACAUCACGCUGUACCGUCACGCCACCCAGGUGUUGAACAAAGGGCUCGACAACCGCAAGACCGCCGCCACCAAGCUCAACGACAAGCUGCUGCGGCUGCACAUGAUCUACACCCUCGAGCUCUGUCGCCAGGUUGACGAAAACCAGUUCGUGCGGUGCAAGCUUAAUCUCUGCGAUCUUGCGGGGCUGGAAAACGUCCAGCGCCUGGGCGCCACCCAGUCACGGGCGCGCGAGGCCGGCACCAUCAACAAGCUGUUGCACGCGCUCGGGCGGGUGAUCUCGGCGUUGGCGCUGGACUCACGGGCGCCGAAGACCAUGGGGCACAUCCCCUACCGUGACUCUAAGCUCACGCGGAUCCUCCAGGACUCGCUUGGCGGCGCCACCCGCACGGCGUUGAUCGCUACUGUGUCGCCCGUACGGGUGGACGCCGACGAGACGUUGCUGACGCUCGAGUACGCCGCUAAGGCCAAACACAUCAAAAACACCGCCGAGGUCGGUACCAGCGACGCCGUGCUUAAACGGGUGGUGGUGCACGAGCUCCAGCAACAAUAUGCUCAGCUCAUGGCCGAAUUCGCUACCACCAAGGCGAAACAAGGGGUAUUUUUAGCACCAGAACGCUACAACGAAAUGGUGGCACAAGCCGACACCGAUAAGACCACCAUCAGCGAGCUUCAGCGCCGCGUAGCAUACCUCGAAAAACAGCAACAGGAGUACGACGAGUUUCGCCGCUACCACCGGGCGCAGACGAAGCAAUGGGACGCCGAGCGCCAGCAGUUGAAACAAGAACUUGACGACGCCCACGACCGCAUCGAGCACAAGAACACCGAGUUGGCGCUGGUGACCAACCAGUGGCACCAGGAGCGCCAGGCGGUGGCCGAGCUCGGCACCUGUUUCCACAGCUACGCCAGCGAGGCGACGCAGAUGACCCAGCGGGCAUUGGCGGCGCUCUCGGGCGACUACGUGCCUAAGGUGACAGCAGAGUUCCAGCAAUUACAAAGUCAGUACCAACAGUUGGCUAAGCAUACAGAGACGUUGGCGCUGGGAGGCAGCGACGCGGUGGCGGCGCUUCAUACCAUGGCGAAAGUGGUGACGGCCCACCGCAAUAAUGCCCGCACGCUCACCCAGGCGGUGGUGGCGGCGACGUCGGAGGCGCCGCUGUCGCCGAAACCGGUGGCGAUUGCGCCCCACAUGGUCCAGAUGCAACAACGGGCGACUAAGCUUUUCAGUCAGUGGUGGGAGCUGCUGAUGGCGCCGAUGGUGCGCCAACAAAUGGAAAAAUGUGUCAGCGAUACUGGCGACGGCUGGCGGGCGGCGACCACUGCCUACCACCACCAGGUACGCCAAGCGGCGGCGCAGGCGUCGUCGCAGUUCGCUACUGAGAUGACGGCACUUCUGGCGCAACAGGCGCUGGCAGAGCAAUCGGUGCUGAAAUGGCAACAGCUUAGCCGCACGCUGGCCGCUGAUGGCGAGCGCCGCCCGCAGGUGGCGGUGCCGCUGGCCGACCCCGUGGUGGACGAGUUGAAUCUGGUGAUGGCGUUUUUACGGGAGCUGGCGCCGGCGCCGCCUCCGCUGCUGGCGCGGCUGCUGGCCCGUCUGCUGCAGACGCUGACGCCGGUGCACCCGCUGAGGCUACGGUCUCCUAAUCGCUCGUUGGGGUGGAGAGCGCUGCCGCAAAAGGUACUGCCGCUGAAAGCACUGCCGCUGCGACGCCGGCUGAGUGGGGUAGCGCCGGCGACGACGCCAUUGGCGCCAUUGACACCGUCGGCACUGACUAACGGCGACGCCCGGCAGCUUAAGCGGACGCAAUUGCCGCGUAUCCCGUCGCUCAUUCCCGACGUCAACACUAAGCGCCGGCGCACCAAUCCUGGCGGCCAAUCUGGGUGA